UGUGCGGCUCUUUGGCGCCGAGCCGCCUUGGCGGGAGAGGGCGCUGUCCGUUGGCCUCUUUGUGCGCGAGCGAGCUGUCGGAAGGGUGAGGGAAGGAGUGGCGUGGAGCAGAGCAGAGCGAGCGAGCGGCCAGUUGCUUGUCGCGCCUUGGCUAAACAGCGCAGCUAUAAGCUUUAAAAAUGCCCGAUAACGGCACCGAGGAGGCUGGCCCCAGCACCGAGGACAUUUGCCGAGAUUACCUGCGCAACGUCUGCAGCCGCGGUAAGCGCUGCAAGUUCCGUCACCCAGACAGUAGUGAGAUGUCCACCCUUGGCCUUUCAUCUUCUGAUCUGCCGGUUAAUAAAGGUGAGAUCCCCAUCUGCCACGACUAUCAGAAGGGUGAUUGCCAAAGAGGCCAAAAGUGUAAAUUCCUGCACGUCAAGUGCGAUGAGUAUGAAUAUGACAACCGAGCUCUGGCGCAGAACCAGAUGGUUCCCCCUAUGGUACGUAGAUAUGAUCGAUAUGAUGACUACUAUGCUAGGGGUUAUGAAAUGAUGCCCUAUGAUGAUUAUGACCCCCACAUGAAGAGGAGAAGGAUGGAAGACAUGGGGUAUGAGGUGUACGACUAUGCAGGCAUGCAGGGUCAGGGAAUGUCCGACUACCGUGUCCUGAAGGAAGAGAAUCUCAUGCUGCAAAAGCGCGUCGAUGAUCUCCAAAAGCAGGUAUCAAACCUGAUGGCCACCAAUGAUGUCCUCCUGGAGCAGAACGGCAAUAUGCGCAGCCAACUGAAGAUGGGCAUGAUGACCAGCACGGCUUCUGCCACAGCCACCAGAUUUGGCAGUCAGUGACCUCCAAAGUCAGUGGCCUGAAAAUGGCAUGACUCGAGGUCCCUCGGAGUUUUUGUCACGUCAAUAAAUCAAUAAAGAAACCCGUCUAGUUUCAGUCCUAUCUGAGAAGGUUGUGCUGAGGCUCUGCUUUGUAUAUCCAAACACCCAAAUUGACCUAUAAAAGACCUGUAAGCUCACAAUUGAUAGCGCUGCAUUACCACAUUGAUGGCCAUUGAUUCCAUAGUCUCAACAUCAGGAAACCUCAGUUUUAAAAGUCUUGCAGUACCUGUUACAUUUGUACUUUCAGGUCAACUGUUAGAUCUUUGUAGCGUGUUUUUCUUCAUUCUUGCAAAUGUUCCGAAUGCCUGGCUUAAUUAUAGCAUAGGGGAGCAAUGAGGGAGAGCCAUCAAAAUCAAUGAAAUGGUAUAAUAUCUUUCCCUCCGUUUACCAAAGUCGCACUUUUAACAACUUUGAAUGCUUUCGCCCAACCCCUUCCACUACCCACAGGAAACGUAGGAAAUGUAGGCUUGUUAAUACAGAUGUAGUUUGAAGGAGGGAAGAAUGGGUUUUAGAUGAUCAAAAUUGAUUUUAUUAAUAAAUUGAACUUCAAUAAUUAGAGCAUAGCCAUCUAUGGCUUCUUCACGUCCCUAUUAGGUCUACGAAAAUCUGGGCGCUGUGUAGCAAGGUGCAAAAACCCAAUGGCAAAACUGAGCUAACUACUUCGAAGCUCUCCAAUGGCUGUGCUAUGUAUGUACUAUAGUUAUAAAAGUUGUCACGGAGUGGGUGGUUGCCUGUAGCACUGUCCUUGGGGCCCUAAUGGCUUUGUAAAUCCAGCCAAGUUUCACUGUCUUGAUUUAUUAUGUCAUUCAAAUCCCAUGAUUGUGCUAAAGCCAUUUACUAAACCCUUCCUACUAGUAUCUCCUCUGUUUCGCUUGCGUAUAUCCUCCUGUUAUUCUCUAGCUAAUUGAUUUCUAUUGGGAACAAAGUCUGAUCUGCAAGCCAGCCAACUCUAACUCUGAAUGUGACUUUAAAGACACGAUAAACAAGGCAUUUGUUUUUAAUAGUGUACAUAGUGUAUUAUUGUUGGGUUGGUGGUCUUUUGGUCUAUGGCAAUUGUCGUGUGGCUUUCUUGUAAUGGCGGGAGCCUAGGGCCACUGCAUGUCACUUUGUGUACUGUUUCUACAUUAAAACUAGCUUUGUAAUAGUAGAAUGAGUGUAACUAUUCAUAGCCACGUUAGACUCUGGACAGAGAAUUCUGUCCCACUAGCUUUAGCAGUUUCCCAGUUAUGUUACAUACAUUUUAAUUGACGCCUCCCUUCCUGCCUUCAACGCUCCUUUAGGGUUUCCAUGCAGCAUUCCCCACUUGAGAGGGAGGGUGGCUCCCAAUAUCUAGAAGUGUAACUGCUGGUAACUUGCUCUUGGAAUUUCUCUCCUGUAGCAGCUGGCUUCUAUUUGGCACAUACAAAUGGGCCCUUGUGAGAAUGAUGGAGACCUUCUGCUGUAAUGUCUCUGGCACCGUGAGUUGAUCUGUGCUGCCACCUACACUUGUACUCCAAAAUACCCCUUCGCCCCCACCACCCUUGAGUUCUACUUUUUGUCAGUACUAACAUUACAUUUUUAAGCAAAAGAAAAACAGUCGAUCAGUAUUCUGAUGGUUUUGAUUUCUCCCCUAUUGCGUCUUAAUUCAAAAUUGUGGCCAUUGCUUAAGCUAAAGUGAGCUGUAUGCGGUUUUAUUUGAGAGAAGAGAGGGAGCAGGCAAUUCUUUGCUUAUGAAUAUUCAGCGAUUAUUGUUAACCCUUUCCUACAAAAGAAACCAGUUGUACAAAAUUGGACUUUUCUUAAGGUGGUUUAGAAGGCAAGUUGUAAGUUGGGUGGAUGUUUGUAGUGUAGAGGGAUAGUUUUAAAGCCUAAACCAAAUCUACACAGCAGGUAAAAACACAACAACAAAGCUCAAUGAGAUUCUAUCAAAACGGUUUCAACAUCUGCACCUGGAGAAAUGUACCUGAAAAAUGUGUGGAAUUAGUUUGUGAUUAAUUAAUAAAUACAGCAAUUAAUGUUAUCUAAUCCCAACUGGUUUUGUUCCAUCGUUUGAAUUUGGCUUUGCACAAGGCUUUUUAUUUCAGUAUCUUAUUGUCUGGCGUCAAGUCCUCAAGACCCUGGUCAUUUUAUAUUUCAGAAAUUGUUAAUGUUGCUUUUACGCCUGGCCUAAUUUGUUUUUGUUAGUUUCCUACACUGGAUUUCGUAUUAAAUGAAAUGGUUGUUAAAGUGGCUCGAGAACUCCCAAUUGGCCACUUGAGUUGGUGUUGCAAUUAAAAGGGCCGAUCGUCACUUCUAUGAAGCUAUAGCUUCAUAUUUCAGGCUGGAAGGAUUUAAUGACCCAGUAUUUACAAAUGUGUAUGUUGAUUGCUGCCUAGUCAUUGCUACGGUUAACACUUUUCUAUGCGAUUACAAUGUAGAUUGUUCCAUCCCAAGCACGGUUAAUGUUUCCAAUGAUAGAUAGACCUGUAGGACAACAGAACCUAUACAGUCCUAUGCUAUUAAGUGUACCUUGUUUAUUUGUAGUUCUUUUCAAAGCAAAGAAACAUGUCUUCGCCUUCAUAUCUAUGGAAGCCUGUUCUGUUGAGUGUUUAACAAUAAAAGUACAUUUUCCUUUG